GACCGUUAGGCGUCACCGGAACGCCAAUGGAGCUUCAGCGUGGCUUCUUCCUGUGCGCUGAUUGGCUGGCUGUCACCUCGAAUCCCGGAGGAAGAUGAGUGAACCCGCAGCCGGGAUUGCUAAAUCAUGGCAACAUUUAUGGAACGACUGUCUUUUCUUCAGAAAGUCCCAACUCUGAUGAAGGCCACAGCCGACGAUGAGACCCCCUGUCCCGGCUACCUUUUCCAAGAUAUCGGAAAAAUCUCCCACGAGUCUUCAGGCUGCGGCCAGUGUUUGUUGGAGUACCUUUUGGAGAGGUUACAGGUGGAGUCCUGUCAUGUCAAACUUAAGGUGCUGAAGAUCUUUGUCCAUCUUUGUGGUCAUGGCUCAAACCAUUUCCUCACAGAGCUUCGGAGGAACUCCACGUUCAUCCAGCAGGCAUCAGUUUACAGCGGGCCUCCUGAUCCCAUCCACGGAACGGGGUUGUACCAGAAAGUCCGGAAUACCGCACAGGAAGUGGCCCGGUUGCUUUUCACGGAUACAAUUUCCACCAAAGACGGCGUCUCCCCGCUCCACCUGGCCCCCCCAACAAUGGGUAUGGGAUCGACAACUUGCCACCGGUCAGGAAUGCAGGGCUUUGGAUACAGUCCAGGGAAGCAGGGGACAGGAGGCGGUGACUCACUACUGGAUAAGAUCCAGAAAGCUGCAGAGGUAGUGGCCAGUGCUGUCCUGCCCCCCACCGAACACCAGGGCAUCCGUCUCCAUGACAACCACUACCGGGCCGUACUGGCGCCGUCCGCACCCAUCGAGGUGGCGGUGCCCGCGUGUGCCUACAACGUGCCGGCUCGCACCCCGAAAGCGCCGCGUGUCCUCACGGCGGCGUGGACCCAGCGAUGCCCGGGGCAGGUGGGAGGCGGCUGGGAGGAGACCGACAGCGGCAACAGCUCCUCUCACAACUCUUCUCAGGAUACCGCAGCCAACAGCAGGGCGUCUGUGGGCAGCAAGUCGGCUGGCAGCCAAUCAGGGGCCAGCAGAGAGAGCAGCGGGGACCCAUCAGAGAGGGUGGAGGCCUUGCAGUUGGGGGACUGUGGCCAGGAGAUGGCGUUGAUCAGCAGACUGACGGAAGGGUCCAGAGUCUUCUUGUCCAGAGAGGAGAGCCAGCACUUCACCAAAGAGUGCUCCAUUCUCAACUGUGAGGUCGUGCUGGAUCUGCUUUCAAGCAGACUUCAAGAUCCCUCAAACACUGUCAAGAUGCGGGCGUUGUGUGGUGUAUCGUGUCUCCUGACCUCCGACCUCCUUUCUUUGGAACAAAUGUUUGGCGCCACACAACGAAGGCUCCGCCCCCUGAGCGAGGGGACUCCAGGACCUGUGGCCAACAAAGCCACUAAGAUCCUGCGACAGUUUGAGGCCCUGAUGGGCGGGUCCGGACACGCUCUGAGGGCGGCGGACACGGCGAGCAGCAGCCGUCAGGCCGCAGCCAAUCUGCUCGCCACAUCCGCACACUUGGACCCUUUGCUGCCGAACCACUCUGCCGGCGACCCCAACGACACCUCGCCCACAGGUGUCACCCGACCACCAAAUCACCCAUCUCCAGAGGAACUUCCUCCCACUCUGCACCGCUUAACGCAAACCCAGUCGGAGCCCGACGGGAGCUCUUCCGGUCCCGCCGGGCCCCGGGGAGGCCAGGCCCGUCCGGGCAGACUGUCCCUGUUCAGCGGCAUGGAGCUGGUGACGACGGGGAGGCCCCUGUGCACGAAGGAAGCGCCCCAGACGGCGCAGGGCGGCGGCGGCGAGGCUCCUUCGGUCUGCGGGUCCGAGUGCAGCCAACCGGCGUCCGCCUUCUCCUUUCUCAACUUUUGACCAACGUUGUUUGGCUGGAACUGUCCCAGUUAAACCAAUGAUGUCAUCGUGUAUAUACUUUUAGAAAUCUAUUUGAUUUUAUAAAUCCGGAUCAGAUCUUUUGCCUCAGAAUUCUAUACAGACGGCAGAUUCUUACCUGUAAGGGGCCUCCUUUGCAUUUAAGCUGCGGAUGGUGCACAGCGUCGCACAUUUAGGACGUUUGACCUCCUUUGAGAGAGAAACCCAUCAGCUGUCUGAUGUGAGGACCACUUUCCUCCUGUGGUUUGUUUGGCUGGAGUCUCAUUUUUCUAAAGUGAGACGAUUGCUUGCCUUCAACUACAGAUUAUUAUUAUUAUUGACAGUUUAUUUAUCUCAGGAUUCUUUUAAGUGAAACUACUCUUCUUGCCUCGGCAGCACGUCCUAAACCUCUGAGGGAGAAUCCCUCCAUUUGUAAUUUGCACUACUGCUGCUUAUCCAACUGCCCCAUAAACCUACAAAUGAGUGUUCUUCCAUAUUUUUGGUACUUGACCUUAACAUCAGUGUAAAUCUUAUGAGUGUUGGUUUACAAAUGAUUUAUUGUAUCGAUUUAAAACAAACCCAUAAGAGUGGUUAUAGGGUGCAUGAUUAAAGAUUAGUGGGUAACUAAAUGAAAGAUUCCUUUCUGAAGUGUUUUGUGUGCAUAACUUGUGUGACAUUGUGUUAAAACAUCCGCCCCAUCAGCAAAAUGCAAAAUAACAACUUCAAAUCGAGCUGCUGUUGGUGGAACCAAAUGAAGGCAGUAAUCCAACCAACCGAUAUGUACAAUGGACACUGAUCGUGUAUUCUGUUCCGGUCUCAGUUAAGGAGCAAUAAAACCUGCUGUGUUGUUACAGCACCAACUACUACAGGAGAGUCUGGUGGUC